AUGGCGGAGCGCGAGCGGAGGCGGCCCCAGCAGCCGGGCAGGGCGCGCGCGGCGAGCGGCCCCCCCCGGGGCCCCCGGCCCGGCCGUGAGGAGCCCCCACCUGUGUUGCCAUCCCCCAUACGUGGACCCAGCUGCGAGAGGCUGGAGUGCUACCAGGCAGAGCCGUCAGGCCUGCUGGAGUGUUACCAGUGCCGCUACCUGUGCACAGCCAGAGCUUGCUGCCAGCUCGUGGAAGUUCUGCUGACCAUGCUGAUCCUGAUCUGCAGCUCUGUGUCCUACAGCUCGACAGGCGGUUACACCGGCAUUCCCAGCUUGGGGGGCAUUUACUACUACCAGUAUGGAGGGGCUUAUAGUGGCUUUGAUGGGGCAGAGGGGGAAAAAGCCCAGCAACUUGACACACAGUUCUACCAAUUAAAGCUGCCGACAGCAAGGGCAGCGAUGGCUGUGGGAGGGGCCCUGAUGGCCUUCUCUUGCCUUCUGGUUUUGGUUGGUGUGCUGCGGCUGCCAUGGCAUUUCCCAGCCUGGCUGCUGCUCGAAUGCACCCUGGACAUAUUGAUUGCACUUGGCUUCCUGCCUGCUCUCUACUUCUACUUCCACCAUCUGUUGGAUGCCUACGAUUCUCCAGUGUGCAAAGAGAGAGAGCAUCUCUACCAAAGCAAAGGCUACCAAGGCUUCAGCUGCAGUGUGCAUGGGGCAGAGAUAGCAGCUGGGCUCUUUAGCUGCAUUGCCAUUGUGGCAUUCUUGGUCAGUGCUGGCCUUGCUAUCAGGGGAUACAAAACAGUUCGUCAGCUGAGAGAGAAGCCAGUGCAGAUGUAUGAGUUUUAGGGUGGCUUGUGCAUACCCAAGCUGUCCUACCAGCUCAUCUCUCUCUGUGGCUGCCAGCCUGGACACCAAGAAGGGGCAGCAUCGUUUCCCCUGGCUCAGGACAUUGUAUCUGCACUGCUACAAUCAGAACACAGGACCAUGGCCACAACAAGCACCUUUACCAUGAGAGAACAGCUCCAGCUAGAGCCAAGCCAAGCUGCUUUUAACCAGCCCUUGCAUUUAAAUCUUGUGCAUGGUGAGCAGAACAGAUGCAUUCUUAGUUCCAUAAUUUACAUCUGCUCCAUGGCUCUGCCUCUGUUAGCAGUGACUAGCUUACUGCUUGUGCUGAGCUCAGUAUCUUGGGAGUAGAGGGGCGCCUCCAUCCCCUGAUCUGCUGAAGCAAGAUGUCCCAGCUCUCUCAUUGGCCACAGUCCCGUUCCUCCCGUACAAGGUAGAACUACCAGCACUUGGCAAGAUCCCUUGUUCAUUAGCUAAGACUGAGCUUUUCACUUCACCUUAAAUAAGCACAAUGGGACUUCAUCUCUCCUCCCAUCACCGCAUGUUUGAACAACUUUGAUUCCCAGCUGCUUGCUACAGCAGUGCAGGGAGCAGGAGAGCCCAGGCUCGGCCACUAAACCCUGCCACUAGCUCUCCUCUGAUCCUGUGUUUCCUCACAUGGCGGGGAUCAGGGAGGUCAUCUUUAAACAAUGGUUCUUAUUUUUUUUAAAUGUAAUUGAUUGUAUAAGAAAAUGAUUCUACAAACCCGAUCAUUAGUGGAAGGGUGAGUGAGGACGAACACCAACCAUUGUUCCCAUAAAGCAGGGGUUCUUAAACUGGGGGUCAGGACCCCUCAGAGGAUUCUGAGGUUAUUACAUGGUGGGUCACGAGCUGUCAGCCUCCAUCCCAAACCCUGCUUUGCAUCCAGCAUUUAUAGUGGUGUUUAAUAUAUAAAAGUGUUUUUAAUUUAUAAGGAGGGGGGGUUGCACUCAAAGGUUUGCUGUGUGAAAGGGGUCACCAGUACAAAAGUUUGACAGC